CGGGCGGUCAUCUCCGCCUACUACCGCGGCGCCUUUGGCGUGCUCGUCGUUUACGAUAUUGCCCGCCGCACCACCUUCGAUAGUAUUCCUCGCUGGCUCGAAGAACUUAACACUCAUUCUGAUACAACUGUUGCGAGGAUGCUAGUGGGCAAUAAAUGUGACCUGAACAACAUAAGGGCUGUAAGUGUUGAGGAGGGGAGAAGCAUUGCAGAAGCUGAAGGGAUGUUCUUUAUGGAGACGUCCGCGUUAGAUUCCACAAACGUAAAACAGGCUUUUGAGAUUGUUAUCCGCGAGAUAUAUAACAAUGUUAGCAGAAAGGUUUUGAACUCUGAUUCGUAUAAAGCAGAGUUAUCUGUCAAUAGAGUCAGCCUUGGUCAUAAUAAUAGUAAUGGAUAUGAUGAUGAUGGAUUGAAGCAGAACAAGAACAAGGCUUAUUCUUGUUGUUCUAGGUAGUUAACUGUUUGUCCAAGAAAAAGGUUUUUCGUUUGUUUGACUGUUUGGUGUUUCUGUAAUUUAUUGGUUUGUUUUAAAAUACCAGCAAUUUGUCAAUCACAUUUUAUUCAUACAUCUUUGUGUAAACAAACGAAUCAUUUCAUGAGUUAUGGUCAAUUCAAGUGAAAAUGGUAUUCUU